ACAGAACCUGGGUCGGCCCCCGAGAGCUGAUGUAUCUGUCUGCUGUUCUUUUACAGAGUACUUUCAUCAACAGACCUGCCUUGGGCAUCCUGCCUCCAGAGAAUUUUGUUGACAAGCUCCGGGAGUCCUUGAUGUCGGUCGCACCCAAAGGCAUGUCCCAGCUCAUCACCAUGGCCUGUGGCUCCUGCUCUAAUGAGAACGCAUUCAAGACCAUCUUCAUGUGGUACCGGGUAAGCAUUGGGGCGGGAGCCGCUCUGACUCCCCACCACCACAGUGUUCGACUUGGAUAUAAUCUCAAGCAGAGGUUUUCGACCUUCCUAAUGGUGCUGCUCUCUCCUACAGCUCCUCGUGUUCUGCUGACCCCAACCAUAAAAUUAAUUUUGCUACUGCUAUGAAUCAUAAUGCAAAUAUCUAGGUUUUCUGAUGACCCCUGUGAAGGGGUUGCUGGUCUAGAGAGCUUCAUUGGAGCUUUCCCAGCACCCCAGUGCAAUGUCGCACAAGAGGCUUAGAUUCUGCUGUCAAUGUUAAUGGACUUAUUAGGGUCGAGCUCACAACACAGGCUUAGCCACCUGUUCUCAAGAAGCUAAUUAAAGAGAUGAAUUAAUAGUUAAAAGCAAAACCUGGGGAUUUAAGACAGGUUGUGGUAAUGCAUGCCUUUAAUCCCAGCACUUGGGAAGCAGGGACAGGAGGAUCUCUGUGAGUUCAAGGCCAGCCUGGUCUGCAGAGCGAGUUUCCAGGACAGACUCCAAAGCUAC